AUGGUGGGGCCGACGAGGAGUAAACUCAGGGAAUCGGACCCCGACGCAUCGCAAACCAGGAGUCGGGGCGCAGGGGCGGUGGAGCCCCCGCUGGAGCGCGCCAAGAGGUGGCUGCUGCAGCCUUUCUUCCUGGGCAGCAGGAACCUGCCUGGGGGCGCCCGCAAAUACGCGCAGCAGAGGACCCGAGAUCUGAACGCGCAAAAUUACUUACACCUGGAAGAGGUCACCAAGCUCCUUCUUCACGGCCGCUUCCAAUUCCUCCACAGCCUCUUGGACCAGCUCCGCGACAGGGUGCAGGCCCUGCAUAAUCAUCGCUUCUCCCACAGGACCCUCUUUGGUGUAGCUGCCUUUGUGGGGAUUUUGCACUGGAUACACUUAAUAACCCUUUUUGAAAAUGACCGUCAUUUUUCUCACCUCUCAUCUUUGGAACGGGAGAUGACCUUCCGCACGGAAAUGGGACUUUAUUAUUCCUACUUCAAGACCAUCAUCGAAGCGCCUUCAUUUCUGGAAGGACUGUGGAUGAUCAUGAAUGACAGGCUAACUGAAUAUCCCCUGGUAAUCAAUACAGUGAAACGCUUUCAUCUUUAUCCAGAGGUAAUCAUAGCCUACUGGUAUCGCACAAUUGUGGGAACAAUGGAUUUAUUUGGGUUGGAAACUAAGACCUGCUGGAAUGUCACCAGAAUAGAGCCUCUUAGUGAAGUGCAGAGCUGUGAAGGAUUGGGAGACCCAGCUUGCUUUUAUGUUGGUGUAAUUUUUAUUUUAAAUGGACUAAUGAUGGGAUUGUUCUUCAUAUAUGGUACCUAUCUGAGCGGGAGUCAACUAGGAGGUCUGAUUACAGUGGUGUGCUACUUUUUCAAUCACGGAGAGGCCACCCGUGUAAUGUGGACACCACCUCUCCGGGAAAGUUUUUCAUAUCCAUUCCUUGUACUUCAGAUGUAUGUUUUAACUACUAUACUCAGGACCUCCACCGUCCACAGAAAACACUACCUAGCACUCUGUCUCUCCAAUGUGGCCUUUAUGCUUCCCUGGCAGUUCGCUCAGUUCAUACUCUUUACGCAGAUAGCCUCAUUAUUUCCCAUGUAUGUUGUGGGAUACAUUGAGCCAAGCAAAUUUCAGAAGAUCAUUUUUAUCAACAUGGGUUCUGUUGCCCUCUGUUUCAUUUUGAUGUUUGGAAAUCCAAUGUACUUAAGUUCUUACUAUUCCUCGUGUUUGUUAGUGACAUGGGCAAUAUUGCAAAAGAAGAAUAAAAUCCAAAAAUUAGGAUCCUCUGAACUCCAAUUGUGGUUAAUCCAAGGCUGUGCUUGGUGGAGCGGAACAAUUAUUUUGAAAUUCCUGACAUCUAAAAUUUGUGGUGUUUCAGACCAUAUUCGCUUGAGUGACCUUAUAACAGCCAGAAUCUUAAGAUACACAGAUUUUGAUACCUUAAUAUACACCUGUGCUCCUGAAUUUGACUUCAUGGAACAAGCGACUCCACUGAGAUACACAAAGACAUUAUUGCUUCCACUUGUUAUAGUGAUUACGUACUUUAUCUUUAAAAAGAUUGCUCGUGAUAUCAUAUGUGUCUUAUGUACAAACACUUACCUAAGAAAACAGAUCCUUGAAAAUGGUGAGCUGAUUUUUCACACCUUGCAGUUGCUGGUAUUCACAGUUCUUGCCGUUUUAAUCAUGCGGUUGAAGCUGUUUUUGACACCCCACAUGUGCAUCAUGGCUUCUUUAAUCUGCUCCCGACGGCUCUUUGGCUGGCUUUUUUGCAGAGUUCAUUUUGAGAAUGUUGUCUUCGGUAUUCUGACAAUGAUGUCAAUACAAGGUUGUGCAAACCUCCAUUACCAAUGGAGCAUCAUGGGAGAGUUUACUAACCUGCCUCAGGAAGAGCUCAUACACUGGAUCAGAUACAACACCAGGCCAGAUGCUGUCUUUGCAGGCGCUAUGCAAACGAUGGCGAGCAUCAAACUAUCUACACUGCAUCCAAUUGUGAACCACCCACACUAUGAGGAUGCAGACUUGAGGGCUCGAACAAAAAUAGCUUAUUCUGCAUAUAGUCGAAAACCUGCAGUAGAAGUGAGAGAUAAACUGUUGGAAUUACAUGUGAAUUAUUAUGUUUUAGAAGAAGCAUGGUGUGUUGUGAGAACUAAACCUGGUUGCAGUAUGCUUGAAAUCUGGGAUGUGGAAGACCCUUCCAAUGCAGCUAAUCCUCCCCUCUGCAGUGUCCUGCUCAAGAAUGCCAAGCCUUACUUCACCACAGUAUUUCAGAAUAGUAUGUACAGAGUCCUGAAGAUUAACUGA